AUAAGUAGGUACAAGAUUGAAGAUAGUGUCUCGUGAAACCGUGUACAUGUYGAACGACMGUAAUAUUCAUAAAUUAUUAUUUUCCAUAGUAUACYCACAUGUUUUAAUUUUCAACUGAACGACUCAAUGCGUGUACAGAACUGCGUUUUAUGGUUUUACUUUAAUGAUUGUAUUUUUAUCGUUUUUUCUACUGAUAACAAUCAUAACAGAUCUUCUGCACACGGAUCACGCAGUCGAUACAACUUGUCCUGYUCGAAUCAUGUCACCUGCGGACAGAUCACUUACGGCAUUCCGCGUAGCUUUGGCCACGUUAUUACUCGCCAACGCAGCAUACGCGUCAAAAAGACAAAAGCGUCAGCUAUUCCAUGAAAACUUAUUACCAUACUUUGGUGGUAAAAUACCCGAGUCUGCGUUCCAGGCAGACCGCUUGGCACUAAAUAUGUUGAAUAAAGAAGGAAUAUCCGUGCCCGAUGGUAUUCUGUUUGAAGCUCGGCCAAGAGAAUCAUUUCAUCAAAGUCCACGGAACGAUCCAGAACUAUCCAACUCAAUACUCAAAAUGAUUCACACUCCAGAUGGCAGGUAUAUUCCUUCAGAAGGAAAGUUCGAUGGUAAUAACGAAGUGGAGACAACGUAUAAGAUCCCAAUACCCACAUACAUGCAAAAUUAUCAACUACCGAAGUUUAGGCCGGUAUCAGAAACGUUUCAACUACCAAUCCGGCAGGUAUACGAAAACGGAUUGUCAAUCACCAACUUAAGAGGGCGAUUAAGAAUUCCUUUCAACACUAUAACAAAGGGUUGGAAUUUUCGAGAUGCCUACGAUACGUCCAAUAACGCCAAUAAAAUCAUGAAUUUCCAACAAAAUUACAACUCCAUGCCCCUGACGAGUUUAGCCUGUGGUAUACCUGGGAGAAUAUAUCCAGAUCCAGAAACUCAGUGUCAGGUAAAAUUUUGA